AUGAACACCAUGAACGACUCGGCCGUAAAAGUCCCGGCUCUCACCACGCCAUUUUCAGUGGCAUCGAGCAUUGUCGACCUGACGCAGCUCGUCCUCCCCGCCGCGAUUCGAGGCGAUCGCAGAACGCCUACAAUCAUGCCUACACAGAACAUGGAGCUUUUCCUGACUACUGAGCUGCGUACCCCAAAGCUAGACAAGCUCCAUGACUACCUCUGGCUGGCCGGGCUUCCUCUGCCAGCGAGGCCACUCCAGCGCCAGAAGAUAAUGAAUCGUGAUAUUUAUCUCACAGAACAGCCCGACGAACAUAUGGUAUGGCACCAAACCAAGCUACUGAUUAAGCCGCUGCCCGGCUUCCUCCUCUGCCACGCAUUCUGGACCCAACACCUGUGUUCAGACCCUGCACUCCAUCGGAGUGCAACUGGGCUGCUGCUCAGCUACUGCUGGCUUAUUGGACAUAGGAGCGACUUUGACAUGGCCCAGACGGUGAGGUUGAUCCCUGAUGAUAUGGAGUGGCCCAUAUGGAGUGCCUUCAUGAAGGAUUUCCUGCGCAAUAUCGAUAUAGACAGCCUCGCGCAAGUGGACAGACGGUACCAGUACGGCGAGCUACGGCUGUCGCGGCUCAACUCGAUGACACGCUUUCUACCAUGUAUGUGGUCGUAUGAGAACUUGGUUUAUGGGCAUAUCUCAACAAGCACAUGGUAUCAGGCCUUUUUCGAGCGGAACUUUGCUUGGCUAUUAGCUGCGUUCGUAUAUAUUAGUGUGAUUCUUUCAGCAAUGCAGGUCGGGCUAGCUACGGAACAGCUGAAUGGCAGCCAGUCGUUUAAGAACUUGAGCUACGGAGGGGCAUUAUUGGCCAUUUCUGCUGCCUUGUUAGGGAUUGGGAUAAUGUGGCUUGUCUGCGUAGCGUCGCGUCUUACGAAAUCUCUCCUCAUGCAAGAACAGCUCACCCUCUCUACUUCUAUUAUUAUUCACCUCUUGCUCAAGCUCAGUCUGCUCAUAAGUAUGUCGCUUGAAUGCUUCUACCGUGUUGAGGACGAGGAUUCUCAGGCUCGAUUCAGGACAGGCAAAGGUGUGCUCGCAGGCGAUGUGAAGUCCAGGGUGGACUUUUGGUUGAGCCGAAACAACAUGCGCGUGCUAUUGAGAAGAUAUUUCUGUUAUCAUAUUAAUUGGUCUAACCGACAUAAAACUCCUUUCAUCUCGACAUAUGUCAAGUACGAAGCUGCAUACGAAGAGGCAUUGCGAAGAGAAAGCCGGGGCAAGAAGAAUGUCAUCAUUGUUUUCAUCGAUCUUAGCAGAGCAGAUCAUAGACUAGAAUAUCGUAACGCCCGUAGGCUCGCAGAGUCUUUGGGGUGUUGGAUUCCACGAAAAGCCUGGAACAACUCCGAGUUCGAAUAUGUCUUUCUGCAUCGCAUUCCCGCUUGUGCCAUUGUUAAAAUCAUCAGGCUGUGA